UCAACCAGCCAACUGCAGUGCAAGUGGUGAAUCGAACAGCUCUCAUUGCUCAUAAUUUCUUCUUUUUCAGUAUUUAAGUUUACAACAUUCUUCCCGCGUGUGGUAGGUGAACCUCUUUCACACUAAAGCUUCCGAAAAUUAAUGGGUUUUGAGGAUGUCGAGCAAGAAAUCAAAGAAGAAGAAACACAAAAAGGAGGAAAGAAUCUCAUCAAUCUCUUCACAUGAGGAUGAGAAGAAGGAGAGAGAUGCAAAGAGAUUCAGCAACCCAAAAAGAAAACACAAACAUCAUCAUCGGCAUGUAAGUUCUGACCAAGACAAAGCUAAAGAGAUGAGGGCCAAGUACUCAACAUCACCAAGAGGAUUUGAAGGAAGAUUCAAGAAAACAGAAGUUAGUGACAGCAAGAGCAGGGAAGAAAGAUCCAGAGAGAGCCAAGCUACAGAGAAUUUCAGGCCAGUUUUCAAGUCAACUGUCACACAUGAGAAAGAACAACUAAAUCCCAAAAGGAAGCAUGAAAACCUAAGUCCAAAUAUCUCAGGUAGCAGCUCCACCAGGCAUGCUGCAACAAACCAGCCUUCUUCCAAAGAGUUGGAGAAAAAGAGACGGGAGCUGGUGUCGAGGAGAUCCACAGCAGAGUGUCCCAGGCGGAUACCUGCAAAGGAUGAAUAUCCACCGGAGAAACUCCAGGAGAAGAGGAGGAAGCUCAUGAAAAGGCCGUUGUCGCCAGAGCUUCAUGCUGAACCCAAACGAAGAGACAUUAAAUACAUGACCAAUGCUGCACAUGCAGAAUCUCAUUCUGAAGUUCAAAAAGAAAUGAGGAAGACGUUGAUGGCCACGAGGUGCAAGAAGAUCAACCCUAAUGUUGAUACACAGAGAUCUCAUAACAAACCCAAAGAAGCUUUGCCAGUAGUGAAACAUGAAGAAUCUAGAUCUAAACUGAAAUCACAAGAAGAUGUUUCACCCAAGAAGCCAGAGCAUGUACAGUUGGGUAAUGAACCUGGUGUAAACUUAGGAGAAAAAAGGACAUCCCUUGGUGGUCCCACAGCAAAAGUCAGUUUCAAGAUCCCAAAGAAAGCCAGUGCUGUUAAAGCGUGGACAAACACGAAUGUGUGUAAUGUGAAUUCUUCAGAAGGCAGGACUCAAAGUACCACUCAGCCUUCUUUCCCUGGUUCUACUCCUUCUAAACACACAUAUCUCAUCACACAGCAGCAAGGACAAAGGCCUCAAAAGGUUUCUGCUCAAACCUCUCAUAAACCCACUUCUCUUAGCUCAUCACAUCUUUCAUCUAUAUCUCACCAAGUCCAGGAGGCACAUACUGACGAAACAAGAGAGGUCACAACGCCGAACAAUACAUCCUGCAACGUCCAACAUGUAACUCCUCAGGAAGCCGCAGAGACCUUUGACUGCGACCAUGAGAUGGAGCUGGUGGAGGAGCUUCACCUGGCACGCUCUGAGAGACGACUGGAGGUGAAGUUGGUGGAGAACUGUGGAGAGCUCACCUGCAUGGACAUUGACCCUCCAGAAGAGGGUGCUGGCACAAUGCUAAAUCAACAUAAACAGGGACUGCUUAUUGUUCUGGAUACCAAUGUGCUGCUCAGCCACCUGGACUUUGUGAAGAAGAUUAGGACACACGGUCUCGGUGGGCUGGGGUUCCCCACUUUGCUGAUCCCAUGGGUUGUCCUGCAGGAGUUGGACUAUCUAAAGAGUGGUAAACUCUCCAGUAAGGUGGAAGACAAAGCCAGACCUGCUGUCCAUUACAUUUAUAGCUGCCUAAAAUGCCAGGAGCCCAGACUUGUGGGCCAGUCAAUGCAGCAGGCCUCCCAAGCUGUUGGUGGGCCCGGUGUUGUAAAUAAUGAUGACAGAGUGCUACAGUGUUGUCUGCAGUACCAGGCUCUGUACCCAGAGGGAGCUGUAGUUCUUUGCACCAAUGAUAAGAACCUAUGCAGCAAGGCUCUACUCAGUGGGGUGAAGGCCCUAAGUAAGGCAGACUUGGUAAAAGAGGUGGAGGGAACCAGAUCUACGAUUAUAAACUACAUUCAUGCUUUGCCCACUGUGCCGCCUUCAGCUCGACCUUUAGAGAAAGCAGAGGAGGAAGGAUCACAAAAUAAUAGACACAGCGAUGCAGCGGAGGAAAGACAGUUGAGUGAGUGUGUGUCUUUGCUGGAGUCCUGCCUCCAGGGGGCGCUGUCUGAAGUGCUUGAGGAAGAGAUGAAGGCAGCUUAUGGAGAACUGUGGACUGAGAUAGUGUACGUGAAGCCUCCGUGGAAUCUGGAGGGGCUGCUCAAGUGUUUUAAGAAGCACUGGAUCGCUGUGUUUGGAAGCAUUAUUAAGAGGAGCCUGCUCAGCUGUGUGGAGAUGCUGAGUGACUGUCUCUGUUCAGACAGGUCCAUAGAGCACAUAUCUUUUCUCAGUGCUCUGAGAUUGGCUGCAGAGCUUCUGUCAGCACUGGCUAGCAGAUCUCAGUACAACGGUCAUGUAGCUCAAGCUCUCUCUACCAUUCAUAUGCUACAGCAAAGACUACAGUCUCCGAAAGCUCCAGUAGAGGGUAAUGACACUGAUAAAGAGGACUCUCUGAUGGCAGAGAUAGAGGAGGAUGUAGCUCCGCCUCCUCGGACAUCCCAUCAGGAAGUUUGGGCGUUAUUUGAGAGCAUCUGGAACAAUGUGUGUCAGAUUAGUUCAUCUUUGUUCUCAGCGCUCAACUACACUCCAGGAGCCACUGAGCCCAGACAGCGAACUACCUCACCCCCACCUCAGGAAGCUCUCUCCUGCCUGCAGAGGCUCUCCACAGCACUGAAACAGCUAUUGGAGGCUCUUCAGAGGCUGUUAUCUGCGGGAAGCAGUGUUCAAGAUGCACAGUCACUUCUCUCCUUCAUUCAGACCAGUGAGAUUGCUGCUACGGAGCCACGUUUCACUGCCACGGAGCUGUUUAACUGUGUGUCGCAACAGGAAUACCGGGAGAAGCUGUGUGUGGGUGGAGCGCAGCUGUCUGAGCUGUAUGUGAAUCUGGAUCACUGUGCUGCUGCUCUGAGUUCUUGGCCCUGAUUUCCCACCCAACUUUCCAUGUUUGGAACCAGCCAACUGUGCGCUUACGAUCAGACUCCUUUGGACCGACCUGGUUCUGAUAGCAGAGUCAUAAUCUACUGGAACCAAAGGUGCAUCGACCUGCUGAUCCUCUGUCCUUGUACAAACCUGUAGCAGAGUUAGUGGCAGUCACCUGAGCCUGACUUAUUAUUCAAAAGCAUCUAGGCAUCAAGGGCUAUCAGUCUACAUAUACUGGAAUUCAUGAAGUUGGAUGAUGUUCUAGUUCUUAUUUUGCAGUUCUAAUCAUUUAUAUAUUUGUACAAUUGUAUUAAAAUUUUUGGACUAUUUAUUCACCAUAAUUUAUGAGUAAUGCCUCCCAUUUUGGGAAAGUUUUAGUGAUGCUUCAAAAAUUGUUAUAGGUUUGUUGGUGCUUUUGGUGUUUUAUGCUGAAGAAUGUAAAAUUACUGUAUGUUCAAUUUCUGCUGUGCUACUUAAAAGUCCUCCUGAUGUCUGGGAGCUGUUGUGGUAACAGGUUAUUUUGUGUUCAGAGAGAAACUGAGGUAUUACUUCAUGAAACGACAUUCAGUGCUGCAGGGCUUUCAGUAAGUAGCGACAGUGAGUCACGUGUUAAAAGCCAAUUUUCCUCGGCGUCAGUCUAGCCACACUUUUGGAAACUAUCCUGAAAUCCACUUAUUUGUUCCAUGAUUCUGAGAAGGUACAUUUAGUCACCAAAUAAGGUUAUUAUGUGACUUACACUGUUUAAGUCUGAUAAGCUGCUGUAAUUGAUUUAUUCUCGUCGAUCUUAGUUCUGUCACUGCAUAUGAAAUACCAUCACCAACAUGAUCCUCAGUUUUUCUUUAUUUUUUAUUCAUAUUUUCUGAUUUCAUGUGAAACGGUAUCUAUGCAUAAAAUGUUUUAUUUGUAUUAAAGUGUGAAUAGUUCCAAAAGAAUAUAUAUUUUCCUUUAUAUAUAUUUGGAUUUUGAUUAAAACAUUUGAGCAUCAAUGACUUCUCGUUCUUUUUUGCUACAUAUAACCUGAGGAUAUUCAUUUGGGUUUCUGGUUUGUAAAGUAGCACUGUGACAUCACAGUUUGAGGGCCAUGUGAGAUUAUGGGAACAGUGAAUGUCCAACAUUACUCCAAAGCUCAAUGACAUUAGCAAGAUAAGAGCUGUGUUCAUAGGUCACUGAGGUCAAAAGACAUGAUUACAGUAUUUAAAUAAUUUUGCAAAGUUUUUAACUCUUUAAUGCCAUGCACUUGUAGAUGGAAAAGAGAACACAAAAAGUAUUCUCGCAGCUUCAUAACAUUAAGGUUGACCCACUGAUGUCACUUGGUUUAUUUUAACGAUGUCCUUACUACAUUACCUUUCUUGGCCUUGAACGUGUGAGUUGAAUUGCUGUUUAUGCAAGGUGAGAAAACUCUCGGAAUUCAUAAAAAAUAUCUUAAUUUGUGUUCCGAAGAUGGGAUAAGGUCUCAUGUUUUGGAACGACAUGAAGGAGAGUAAUUAAUGAAUGAUUUUUCAUUUUUGGAUGAACUAAAAUGUACGAACGUGAGACACUACAGUUAAUGACCAAAUUGUAUGUGAACAUAUAAACAUUUAAAAAUGGAACAAGGUAACACUCGCAAGGUCUAGAGACACGUUUUUUUUUUUCAUUAUUUUAAGUUGCCGCGUUUUUAAAAUACAGCAUCAUGCGCGAGAAGCAGGAAACUCGGAUGUGAAAACUUUAACGGCCCUUCUAGCCCGUGAUUACAUUUAAAUAAAAAAAAUUGGAAAAUUCAGCCCAGCAGAAUUCAAAAACUCAUAUGCAUCAUGUAGUUCUUUCGGUAUACAUUUAACAUGUUAUGAGUUCCUCAUCUUCUUCCUCAUCCGUCCUUCUUAUCUCACAGAAAUCACAGGUAAGUACCAGUUCCCUGCAGUGACUUCAUGACCAUGGCCUGAGUCCAAUGGAUAUUCAGUGCCAGAAAAGACCUGUAAUCCUUCCGGUAGACCUUGAGCUUGUGUGGCUUUUGGCCUACUUUCUGACAGCACAACUGACAUGAUUAGUCUGGGAUUAAGACCUGUUAGUAUUUGUGAAUGGAGUGAGGAUGAGGAAUUGUUGGAUAUGAAUCAACCAGUGUAAUAAAUGCACUUAUAAUAAACUAUCCACUGGAUCAUAAAAUACAGUAAUCCAGCAUCAUAGCUAAUGGCACAGAAGGAAAGAUCUGUAAAUUCACAUUUUCUUUUGCCUUGUUUCCCUUCUUCUGAUCCUAAAUUCACUUAUGUAUAUUGGUGAUAUCCCACCAGAAUAAUGUAACAUUUGAUAUAAUCAAACAAAGAAUUCCGUUCUAGACCUAAAAUGCGCAAAAUACACAAUCAAGUUAAAUGACACAUACUCAAUACAAUGCUGACACACAAACAGAUACUUUUACAGAUUCAAAUGGUUUAUUAAUUACUAAAUAUCAGCUCAUAAGAAAUGUGGUACAUAAUUCCCCCCCCCCCCCCCAUUAAAUUUGAGAAAAACAAAACCAUGGAGCCAAAUUUUUUAUUUUUUUGCUUCCAAAUGCUAAGCACAUGAACAAAAAAAAAAUGGUCUGAGAAGGAAAUGAGCAUCACCUCGCUUCCUUGAAUCGGUCAAAAAAAAAAAAAU